AUGUUCAAGCAACGAUCACACGAUACUCAUCAGGGCACGCAUCGCCCGCAGAUUACGUCAAACCCGAACCAGUAUGAGAUCGCUCUACUCGGCGACAGCCUCUUUGAGCGCUUCAAGACCACCGGUUCCAACCUCUCCAUCAACCACAACCCAUCGAUCCUAAACCUGGGUGUCGGCGGCGACAAGGUUCUCAACGUCCAGUACCGGAUCGACCAAGGUCUUUUGCGAAUACUCAAGAAUAACCAGUCUGACCUCAAACUCAUGUACCGUGGUCUGACGGAUGAGAUUAUUGAUGAGGCGAACCAGAUGCUUCGUGACAUUGCUGACCAGAAUGGCACUGAUUUCUUACCUUUUGGGGACGAUCAGGAGGGUAUAAUGAGCGAGGAUAACGUUCAUUUGAAUGCGACCGGGUAUGUCAAGUGGAACAAGGUCUUGGAAAAGGACAUGUCAACUCGUCAAAAGGCAGAUUGGACAGAAUCGCGGCACGAUUGA